UAACUAUUUGCACAGUUACAUAUCUCCCAUAAAUUUUCUUGCUCUUCAUUGUUUUAAUAUUUUUACGCAAGGCGUCAGCACAAUCGCAAACGACGACUAGCGCCCAUUUAUUUUGCUGCGGCCGCCUGAUGAACUAAUCGCCAAACGCCGGCGGGCGACCGACUUCCUGCUUUCGGAUCCCAUCGAACUCACUUCCGUUUUCCUCGGGGCGCCACCACCGACGCGAGAGAAACAUGGCCGGCGGCAGCGCCGACGUGCAAUUCGGCGUCCGCGCCUUCAGCAAGAUGAUCAUGCACUGCCUCAAGUACCCGCAGAACGCCGUCAACGGCGUGCUACUCGCCGACGAACGCCGGCGCGCGGGCGACCAGCCAUCGUCGCAGCUGCACAUCACCGACAGCGUGCCCCUGUUCCACCAGUGCCUAGGACUGACGCCGAUGCUCGAAGUGGCGCUCGUGCAAAUCGACCAGCACUGCAAGAACGCGGGCCUGGUGAUCGCCGGCUACUACCAGGCCAACGAGCACCUCAGGGACUCGGCGCCGGACCAGAUCGCGCUGCGCGUCGCCGACAAGGUGGCCGAGAACUUCGCGGACGCCUGCCUGGUGAUGAUCGACAACCAGUCGGUGUCGCUGGACUGCGACAAGGCGCCCGUCGUGGUGUACGGCAGUCAGGACGGCCGCUGGCGCGAGAGGCCUUUCGCGCUGGCCGAGAAGACGCUGGGCGUUACGGCGUCUUUGCUUCGGGCCAAGGCGUACCGCACGCUCGCCGACUUCGACAACCACCUGGACGACAUUCAACGGGACUGGUGCAAUCGCGAGAUUAACGAGGAGAUCGCCAGGUGUCUGUAGUUUCCGCACGUGAAAGUUCACCACGCCGCCACCAGAUGUCCCUAGUUGUCUGCGGAAGCUAGCAGAAGCGACUGCGUUGAUUCAAAUGGACAUUUGUUUUUUUUUUUUUCUUUGUUUAUGUUGCUGGUGUUAGGGCAGGGGUCAAAGCACGGAAUGUGACACCAGCACUGCGUUCGUUGUAAAUUUUUGUUUCUCUGUUGGGAGGACAGCUUGUGGAGCGUCGCGUUCAACAUUUGCUCGCGCGCAACUGUGGGUACGGUGUGAAUGACUGAGUUUCGAUUCCGUCUGCAACUUGAACCCGGCGGCGGAGCGGCGUCUUUUUCUCUGGCGUAGCCCCUAAAGAUGACGCCCGAGUACGUAAGUGUAGAGAGCAACUAAAGAGUACUAAAUAAAUUUUCAGUUUGAUCGCAUUGAACUAAAGUGUAGCUUUGAAACAUUGAAAAGUACUGGCACUGAAAUACCUACUUGGUAGCAAACUUGACAGCGUCUAUAAAGAGUUGCAGACGAAUUUCCAGUAUCGUGGGGACCCAAAGAACAAAACACGACACCGUUGAUUGUGUGUGUGUUUUUUUUUAAUUGCACACUUUGUGCAGUUCGUAUCCACAGUUUUUCUACUUGCUGCACUUCUAUAGAAGUCUACCCGGUUCUGUUUAUUGUCUGUUGGAUAUUUGUUGUUUUCUUAGGUAACUUGUUUGUUCUGAGAGAUGAUUAAAAUUAUUGGCCCUGCUA